UCAGAAUUUUUAGAAGCUGCUACUCCAUGAUGGGGAAUUGGGAUUAUGUUAAGCUGCAUGAGAAGAUUACUUAUGAUUCUGUGCACUCCUGCAUUCUGAACAGUAUGAAGUUUGACACUGCAAAUGAUGGAGUGCUAUACACAGCUUCUUCUGAUGGGACUAUCAGCAGCACAGACUUGGACACUGGAAUUGGCUCGCCCUUGUUAAAUCUCAACCCAGAUGGUUGGAGUGGUCCAAGCACUUGGCGCAUGAUAUACGGAAUGGACUUAAACACCGAGAAAGGUCUUCUUUUGGUGGCGGAUAGUUUUGGGUUCCUUUACUUGUGAGUAAAUGAGCACUCCUAGGAGCUGUUUGAUACCUUUUGUGAGAUUAA